AUGUCCGCCAAGAGGCACCACCAGAGCGCCAUGCCGGUGCACCCAAUGGAGGAAAUUCUCGGAGCUCCGUUCGGAGACCCAGCUCCAAAUUUCACAGAAUCGGAGCUCCGGGAGACAGCGUAUGAGAUUCUGGUCGCAGCGUGCCGGAAUUCGGGGCCGAAGCCACUGACUUUCAUAUCGCAGUCGGAGAAGGGGGACCGGGAUAGGGCGGCGCCGGCGCCGUCGUUGCACCGGUCUCUGACUUCGACGGCGGCGAGCAAGGUGAAGAGGGCUCUGGGGCUCAAAACGUCGUCGUCGUCGAAGGGAAGCAAGCGGGCGGCGACGACGGGGGAGUUGGUGAGAGCGCAGAUGAGGAUUUCGGAGCAGAGUGAUACCAGAAUUAGAAGAGCACUGCUCAGAAUUGCUGCGGGCCAGCUUGGAAGACGCAUGGAGUCAGUUGUUCUUCCUCUAGAGCUAAUCCAGCUGGUUAGGAGUUCUGAUUUUCCAAGUCAACAACAAUAUGAGGUUUGGUUGAGGAGAAAUUUGAAGGUUCUUGAAACAGGACUCCUUUUGCAUCCUUACCUUCCCUUAGAUAAAUCAGAUCCUUCUGCUCAGAGCCUACGCCACAUAAUCCUUGGAGCAUUUGAGAAACCCAUGGAUAUUGGAAAGAAUGGUGAAUCAAUACAAACCCUUCGAACUGUUGUAUUGUCUCUUGCUUGUAGAUCACCUGAUGGGUCUAUAUCUGAGACAUGUCACUGGGCUGACGGUUUUCCACUGAACCUCUGGAUCUACCAGACUCUUUUAGAAGCUUGUUUUGAUCUUCAUGCAGUAUCUUCUGUGAUAGAGGAGGUUGAUGAGGUCUUGGAACUCAUUAAGAAGACCUGGGUUAUGCUUGGAAUUAAUGAGACGUUGCAUAAUAUUUGUUUCUCAUGGGUCUUAUUUCAUUGGUUUGUUGUCACUGGCCAAGUGGAGAAUGAUCUUCUGUUAGCAUGUAGUAAUUUGUUGGCAGAAGUUGGGAAAGAUGGUGGGUGCUCAAAAGAUCCUUUUUGCUCAAAAAUUCUGAGGAACACGUCAAGUUUGAUACUGAGUUGGGCAGAGAAAAGGCUCCUUGCAUACCAUGAUACUUUCAAUGAUGAUAAUAUUGAAUCAAUGGAAAGUGUAGUUUCCCUUGCAGUAUUAUCAGCAAAUAUAUUGGAAGAUACCUCUCAUGACUACAAUAGGAAGAAAAGGAAAGAAGAUGAUGUGAACUACACUAGAGUUGAUAAUUAUAUUAGAUCAUCUUUGCGUGCUGUUUUCGUUCAGAAAUUGGAGAAACUGGACCCCAGCAAGCAUCCAUCUAGAAAACAGAAUAAAGCCUUUCCCAUUCUUUCCAUCCUUGCUCGAGAUAUUACUGAACUGGCUUUUAACGAAAAAGCAAUAUUUAGUCCCAAACUAAAGAGAUGGCAUCCUCAUGCUGCUGGUGUUGCCAUUGCUACUCUUCAUGUGUGUUAUGGAAAUGAGUUGAGGAAGUAUGUUAAGGGUAUCAAUGAAUUGACACCUGAUUCAAUAGAAGUGUUGAUAGCUGCUGACAAGUUGGAGAAAGAUCUGGUGCAGAUAGCAGUGGCAGAUUCUGUUGACAGUGAAGAUGGUGGAAAAUCCAUUAUCAGGGAGAUGCAACCUUAUGAGGCUGAAGCUGUAAUUGCUACUCUGGUAAAGUCAUGGAUAAAGAUCAGAGUAGAUAGGUUGGGAGAAUGGGUUGACAGAAAUCUGCAACAAGAGGUAUGGAAGCCACAGGCAAAUAAAGAUGGAUUUGCGCCUUCUGCUGUUGAAGUUCUAAGAAUCAUAGAUGAUACUCUGGAGGCUUUCUUUCUGUUGCCUAUACCCAUGCAUACUGAUUUGGUUCCUGAAUUGAUGUCUGGUCUUGACAAAUCCCUCCAACAGUACAUUUUGAAAGCCAAAUCUGGCUGUGGGAGCCGCAGUAGCUUCAUCCCAACUUUGCCUGCAUUGACUAGGUGUUCAACAAAAUCAAAAUUUAAUGGUGUAUUCAGGAAAAAAGAGAAGUCGCAAGUGGCUCAGAGGAGGAAAGCCCAUGUUGGAACCACUAAUGGUGAGAACUCAAUUGAUAUAGCCCAGAUGUCUGUUCGCAUCAAUACUAUGCAGCGUAUUCGAAUGGAGUUGGGGGUUUUGGAGAAGAGGAUAGUCGCCAAUCUCAGCAGUUCAAAAUCCGCUAACGAGGACAUAGCUAAUGGGGCGAGCGUGAAGUUCAAGCUUUCUGCAUCUGCUGCUGUGGAAGGCAUUCAUCAACUCUGCGAAUGUAUAGCAUACACAAUCGUUUUCCAUCAUCUCAGUCAUGUUCUCUGGGAUGGCCUAUAUGUUGGGCAAGUUGCAUCCGCCAGGAUUGAGCUUUUUCUGCAGGAGCUUGAGCAAUACUUGGAGAUAAUAUCAUCUACACUGCAUGACAAAGUUAGAACACGUGUAAUUGUUGAAGUGAUGCAGGCUUCUUUUGAUGGGUUCUUGUUGGUUUUGUUAGCUGGAGGUCCAUCGCGUGCUUUUUCUCUGCAAGAUUCUGUUAUUAUAGAGGAAGAUUUUCAGUUUCUUACUGGCUUGUUCUGGUCCAAUGGAGACGGAUUGCCGACCGAAUUGAUAGAAAAGCAUUCUACCACUGUCAGAGGUGUACUUCCCUUGUUUUCUGCAGAUACUGAGCACAUAAUUCAGCAAUUCAGUCAGCUUACAAGGGAAAUGUAUGGUUCUACAGCAAAAUCCAGGCUUCCAUUGCCUCCAAUUGCUGAUCAAUGGAGCCCCACAGAACCAAACACGCUUUUGCGAGUAUUGUGUAACAGGAAUGAUGAGGCAGCUGCUAAGUUCCUUAAGAAGAAUUACAACUUACCCACUAAGGUUCAAGUCUAA